ACUGUACCUCUUUGCUUUCCGUACCCGAUUCAAUCGUCUUGGUUCGACAACUGUUUUUUUUUUAUGGCAAACUUGGUAUUUUCGGCGUUGUGAAUAUUAUUUAUAACGACUACUGAUGAUACUAAAGACAUUUUCAGAAGUUACUUCUGAGGAUACAGUCGUACAGCUGUCAGCUUUGGUUGGAGCCUCAUUUAUCCAGCAGUUUCAUUACGACAGCUUUUCUCCGCUGUUGUUGUUGCUAGUGCGCACCACUAAGCUAGCUAGUAGCACAUCAUUAGCUAGCCUGCCAACUAGACAUUUACAUUUCAAAAACUUUUCUUUGUUUUAGUCUUUCGUGGCGAGUUGCAUUUGCAUCAGUGAUGAUAAAAAACACGAUACAAUCCGCAGGACUUCUGGUUUUGUUGUGGUUGUUAUUUGGGGACUUUGUUCUGGUUUGGUUUCACAACAGAGUCAAAACCGAAACGUACAACAACCAAUAUUCUUCCAAAGAUGCUCCUGACAGUCAAGACCAGAGCUGUUUUUGUCACUUGACAGGCGUCUUGGAUGACUGCUUCUGUGACAUCGAGAGCAUUGAUGUCUUCAACAACUUCAAAAUCUACCCCCACAUUCAGAAGCUGACCGAGAGAGACUACUUCAGGUACUACAGGGUCAACCUGAAUAGGCCCUGUCCCUUCUGGGCCGACGAUAGCCACUGCUCCAUCAAGGACUGCCAAGUGGAGCCCUGCCCAGAGAGCAAGAUUCCAGUGGGAAUAAAGUCUGGAAACUACAAUAGGUAUUCCCAGGUGGCCAACGCCAACACAGACAUAGUAGAUUGUGAACAAGCCCAAGACCUGGGGGCAAUUAACAGCACCCUGAGUAACUAUAGUAAAGAGGCCUUUGAGGACUGGGCCCGGCACGAUGACGCACAGGACCACUUCUGUGAGCUGGAUGAUGAGACGUCACCAGAUGCAGACUAUGUGGACCUGCUCCUAAACCCGGAGCGCUACACUGGCUACAAGGGCCCCUCAGCGUGGAGAGUGUGGAACAGCAUCUAUGAGGAGAACUGCUUCAAGCCCAGAUCAGUGUACCGGCCCCUUAACCCACUGGUUCCGCCCAGAGGAGGAGAUGAUGAUGGCGAAGGCUUUUACAACUGGCUGGAAGGUCUGUGUUUGGAGAAGAGGGUGUUCUACCGGCUCAUAUCUGGUCUCCACAGCAGCAUAAACAUCCACCUGUGUGCAGAGUACCUAUUGGCCGAGGACUGGGGCAAGUCCCUGUGGGGCCCCAAUGUGCAGGAGUUCCGCCAGCGCUUCGACCCGGCUGAGACCAAGGGCGAGGGCACACGCCGCCUUAAGAACCUCUACUUUCUCUACCUGAUCGAGCUGCGUGCCCUCUCCAAGGUGGCGCCCUACUUCGAUCGAGCCUUCGUCAACCUGUACACGGGCGACCGUCAAGAGGACCAAGCCUCCAAAGAGUUAUUGCUGCAGUUCUUCAACGAGACCAAAGCUUUCCCAAUGCACUUUGACGAGAAGUCCAUGUUUGCUGGGCAGAAGAUUGAAGCAAAAACGUUGAAGGAAGAAUUCCGGCUACAUUUUAAAAACAUUUCCCGGAUCAUGGACUGUGUGGGCUGCAGUAAAUGUCGACUCUGGGGGAAGCUACAGACCCAAGGGCUGGGCACGGCGUUGAAGAUCCUCUUCUCUGAGAAGGAGAUCAAGAACCUGCCGGAACACAGCCCCUCUAAGGGUUUCCAGCUGACACGCCAGGAGAUAGUGGCCUUGCUCAAUGGCUUUGGGAGGCUCUCCACAAGCAUCCACCAGCUCCAUAGUUUCCGCGCCUUGCUGAAGGAGAAGAGGUAACACCCCCCCAACAGCACUACCACCUCCCGGCCACCAGGUGGAGCCAACCCAGAGGGAACUGCAAUAGUCUUAUUCCUCCCCAGAAUAAGAUCAAGUUCAGGGACUUCAGGAUCGACACUGAACCCCCAUCCCCUCCUCCUUCCUUCUUCCUCUAUGUACAACUCUCCUUCUCUCCUCUUCCUUUCCAGAGAGCAACGACACUCUUAAGUCUGAGAAAUCUGUACCUCUGUUUCCUUUCAUUGUUACUACUUUUGUGGAUGAAAGUGUACACUAUGUCAGGCAUAUUGGUUGUGAGCUAAACCCAUCCUUGAGUGAGUGUGGGUGUGUGUCUGUGCGAGUGUGUUAUUGAAGGUGUGUGUGUGUGUGUGUGUGUGUGUGUGUGUGUGUGUGUGUGUGUGUGUGUGUGUGUGUGUGUGUGUGUGUGUGUGUGUGUGUGUGUGUGUGUGUGUGUGUGUGUGUGUGUGUGUGUGUGUGUGUGUGAGAAUACUUGUUUGUCGUUGAUCGCCAGUUGCAGCUAAAUGAUAACGAGAACUAGGGAUAACGAGAACUAGAAUUCAUUCCGUACUUUUACGAGCAUAAACUUGAUAAGCGCAGCUGCUUUUUCCUAUCCUAGAGGUGUAACCUUUUUCUCUGUGUGAGUUAGUGCAUCGGUUGAAAGAACGCCUAUGUGAGCGACUAUGUCUGCUUUUGCUUUUGUCUGUGCAUUUAACUGUGCUGUUUAAGGGGUGUUUUAACAUCUCCAUUUGGCAAUCCAGUCUUUCUGCGCAUCAUAUUAUAUAAAGCCUCAUUUAAAUGUGAAAAAAAAGAACAAUUUACAGAUUGGGUAUCUGUUGGCCACGAUACGCUUGCAUUUACUUUUCUCAUACCUAUUCUAUUUGGUGGCAGAACGGUUCCUGGUGUUUUAUUCUUAUUUUAUUGGUUUUAUGAAAGUCGAGACGAGCCAGGGUGAUGGCAAUCCCAAAUGUGUAAGAGGUGUUUCCAUGGCAAUGAAAAGCCACGCCAGUAUUUGUUUCAUAGUUCACUUAAAUAAGCUGUCAUGCUGUGAAGCUGCCAUGUUGGAGAAGAGUACUGUUAAAGUAUAAUGGAGAAUGUAGCCAAUGGUGUGACAAGAAGCAACUCGAAACAAGCAGUGGGGGUUUGUUCCCCCGUGAUGGUCAAGUUCACUGGGGUGACUUGGUGAGCUUGCCAUGUAAAUCGAUUCAAAAUGGAUACACGUAAUGGCAUUUAACGUCACACAACCUUUUUAUACUGUCAUGCCCUUCAGGACUGGGACGAUAUCAGUAUGGCGAUUCUCGUUAGUAUCGUGGCAAGGAAACAUAACAUGAAGCGUGUUUAACUUCUUUAGGAAAACAGCCCUAACGUUCCACACACUACAUGUUUGAUUUCUGUCUGAAGUAGGUAUUUCACCAUGUGGACCAAAGAUUUUCUGUUGCCUUUUUUCUUUUCUAUCAUGUCAAAGCACAUUUGGAGUUUUUCCACCAUAUAAGUUUUUAGUUUGUGCAUCAUCAACCCCUUCGGUAACAUUGGUUAGAAAAUGUUGCAAGUGAGGUUUGCCUUAUGUGUAAAGAUCAAACUAUUGGUAGCCAGACAAUACCUGGGUAGUACUUUGUAUCACAUUUUUGUAAAAGAAAAUCUCAAACAAAUGUAGACAUGGGGUCCAGUAAGUAGGAUUUGAGUCAAGUGCUAGCUAGCUAACGCUUAUGCUAACAUAAAGAGCAACGCUAAUGUCGUCGUGAAUGUGAAUGUGAAUGCUACGGAGAUUGAACAAGCUGUUCCUUUGCUUAAAAUGAAGGAAAUAGACAAGAUAAUAUUUUAUCUUAGAGGAAAAGCGUGUGUGUCUGUCUGGGCCUCGCAUGCUUUCUAAAACCCCAGAACGUCCUGUGCAAUCCACUUGUCUGCCUUAAAAGUUCCAAAAAAUUGUUUUGACAUUUUUCUUAAAAAGCUUGAGCCUGCUUUCUUGGAUGAAAUUCACCAUUUUGUCUCCAAUGAUCUCCACGCUCUUCUGCGUUCUCCUAUCUCUGCCUUUAACAUAUUCAGAAUACCCAGAAAGCUGUACUAUUUGUAAAAGGAAAAUGACAGAACUUUUUUCAAAGCUGUAUGAUUAUAUAAUUAGUUGCACCUGUAUUGCUGUGUAUUCUUGUUUGAUUAUAUUUAUUUGAACAGAGGAAUAAAUAUUUCUGGUUGUCAUUCAAAA